AUGACGGUGAUGAUGAUGACGAUGUGCUCCGUCUCUCUGCGGUAUUAUCCAACAGCAGUCAUGAGGAUGAUGACGGUGAUGAUGACGAUGACGAUUGUCUGUACCGACCCCCCCCCGGUGCAGAAGCGUCUCCCCCCGGCGCGGGGCCGGCUGGUGGUCUGUGGACACGGCACCAUCGUCGGGGACGGCGUCUUCUGCGUGCUGAGCGACGACCACGGCGCCACCUGGAGGAGCGGGGGGGCGCUGAAGAGCAUCCCCUACGGCCAGCCCAAGAGGCCGGGGGACUUCAUCCCCGACGAGUGCCAGCCCUUCGAGCUGCCGGACGGCUCGGUCGUGGUCAACGCCCGCAACCAGAACCGGUACCACUGCGAGUGCCGCAUGGUGGUGACGAGCGGCGACGGGUGUGAGACGCUGCCCCUGGAGACGCUGCGCUUCGACGAGGCGCUGGUGGACCCCACGGUGGCGGCCGGGGCGCUGGAGAAGGACGGGGUGGUGUUCUUCGUCAACCCCGCCGACAGGAAGGACCGGGUCAACCUGACUCUACGCUGGUCCUUCACCAACGGCACGUCCUGGGAGCCCGAGACGGUGAGGGUGUGGGACGGCCCCAGCGCCUACUCCUCCAUGACCUCGCUGGACAGGACGGUGGAGGACAGGAAGUACGUCUACGUCAUUUACGAGAAGGGACACCAGAGCGCCUACGAGUCCAUCUCCAUCGCCAAGAUCCACCUGUACGGUGGGCUGUAGCAGGGCGAGAGAGUGUGUGUGUGUGUGAUUCUGACUGGUUCUGGUCCUGAAUUUGAUCCGAUUAGUCCAAUUAAUGAGAAGGUGAAGGUUUGGCAUCUCUAGGACCAGCUUUGCGUACCUCUCUCCUUCGACGAUUUCUGGGCCGUCCAGUCCUGGUCCUGGAGGGGUCAGUGUGU